UCUUCUUGCCUACUUGCUCUCUCUUUCUCUCUCUCUCUCUCAAAAAUAAAUAAACAUUAAAACAAUUCUUUAAAAAGAAAUCUAUAUACAAACAGGAAAUUACGGUAGGAGUGAAGGGGUAGCUGGACUGCUCUUGGAUCCCUUGCUGCUUUGGAUUCCUUGCCAGAAUUCCUAGCAGCGGCCUAGUGGAAAAAUACGAUGUUGUACCCAAAUAAUAUAUUCAGGUAACCGAAGAUGACAAUGAGGAGCCUGUUGAAAUACCAUCAGAAGACGAUGAGACAUUGCAGCUUUCCAUGGUUACAGCCCAGUUUCCAGGGGCAUGUGGACCACGCUACAGCAAUCCAGCAUCUCAGUGGAUGAGAGGUGUCCAGCUGGUAGAAGGAAUUCUGCAUGUCCCGAUCCUGGCUGGGGGAAUCUGGUAUAUGUUGUCAACUAUCCCAAAGAUAACAAGAGAAAAAAUGGAUGAGACAGAUGCUUUAUCAGCAGGGCAAGUGAAAAGAGCUGUCCAGAAAAGGUCUAACUUAAUAAUGUUGGGCCUCCCAUGAAAAACAACUGAAUAGGAUCUAAAAGAAUAUUUUAGUACCUUUGGAGAAGUUCUUAUGGUUCAGGUCAAGAAAGACAUUAAAACUAGCCAUUCAAAGGGGUUUGGCUUUGUUCAUUUUCCGGAAUAUAAAACCUAGGUGAAAAUAAUGCCACAGAGACACAUGAUGGAUGGAUGAAGGUGUCACUAUAAACUUCUUCAUUCUAAGUAAAGCCCACGGAAGGCUUUGAGAAGCAGGAAGGUGUCUGAUGGACGUCGUGAGGGGACAUGACUGCUGAGGAGCUGUGGCAGUUCUUCAGCCAGUACGGGGAGGUGGUCGGUGUCUUUAGUCCCAAACCGUUCAGGGCUUUUGUUUUUGCCACAUUGGCAGAUGAUCAGGUGGCCCAGUCUCUUUGUGGAGGGGACUUGAUCAUUAAAGGACCCGGUGUCCGCAUAGCCGAUGCUGAACUUAAGCACAACAGCAAAGGACAGUUAAAAGUGGAAGACCUGGUGGCAAUCCAAGGGGCUUUGGGAAUCAGGGUGGAUUUGGUAACAGGAGAGGGGGUGAAGCUGGUUUGGGAAACGAUGAAGGUAGGAAUAUGGGUGCAAGGAUGAACUCUGGCGCUUCUAGCAUUAAUCCAGCAGUGACGCUGCAGCCCCAGCAGCACUGUAGAGCUGCUAGGGUAUGAUGGGCAUGUUCGUCCCCAGUUCAGGCCCAUCGGGUGAGAACCGAAUCCAGGGUAACAUGCAGAGGGAGCCAAGUCAGGCCUUUGGUUCUGAAAAUAACUCCUCUAAGCAAUUCUCAUUCAGGUGCAGCAAUUGGCUGGGGCUCUGCAUUAUAUGCAAAGUCAGGCAGAGGUUUCAGUGGACGCUUUGGCUCAAGUGUGGAUUCUAAAUCUUCUGGCUGAGGAAUGUAGACAGUGGGGUUGGUACAGGCUGGCGGGAAUUCAAAUUUUUCCAAACAUAUGUUAAGCAUAAUGUAAAAUACAGAUGCACUAAGACUUCUCAAAAUUGGUUUGUUCAGUGUGGAGUAUAUUCAGGAGUAUUUUUUUUUUUUUUUUUUUACCUUUUUCUGUAGAAACAGAGGAAAAGCUAAAGGACUUUUAGAAGUGUUGUUACAAAAGGUAGAAAUAUUGAAUGUUUACAAGUGAAUUGCUAUUUGCCCGAUUGGUAAGAACCAACACACUGUAAUUGAUAUCAAAAGGUUUCUCCUCCAGGGGCCCCUGGGUGGCUCAGUCAGUUAAGUGUCUGACUCUAGCUCAUGAUCUCCUGGUUUGUGAGUUCGAGCCCUGUGUCUG